AUGGCCCAUGCCAGUGAUGUCUGGAAAUACGUAACCAGGAGAGAUGAUAAAACAGUUGUGUGCAACAUCUGCAGGAAGGAGCUGGUCAUUUCCGGCAGUGCCACUGUCCUCCGAUUACACCUGGAGAGGAACCACCACGUUCACUUUACAGAGGAGGCUGACCACAAUAAACUGCAGGGAGACUCCAGGACCGAGCGGAUCCCUGGUAUUCUGUCCACUAAGGACAGGGUUCCUAAAAUCACACAGCUGAUUGGGAUAGACAAUCCUGCAACCCUGACAACGCACAGCAGCAGCAGCAGGAUAUCGGAGAUGCUCCGAGAGUGUGCAGCUCAAUUGGAGACAGAAGAAGACCAGGAAAUCUAUCCCUUUGCUGGAAUUGGUGAAUCCUGUACUGCAUUAGCUGAAGAUGAACUCUCCAUGGUCCUGCGAUCUUAUCACCUGGCCAGAGAUGGGAGUGUGGGCUCCCGAAGGAGGAAGGAAACUGAGCUAAACUUCACACAUGCCUCACCGGUGAGCUGCCAAGAGAAGUCGCAAACGUGGGACUUCUUCAAGAAGUUGAACGAGCGUUGUGUGGAGUGCAGCCUCUGCCGAAAGCAGCUGUGCUACCACAACAGCGCGACCAGUCUGCGGGAGCACCUGAGGCGCAAGCACAACCUCAGUGAGCUAGACCUUCGCCAGUCGCAGGAUGAGGGCUCUUCCUCCUCAGAGUCCAUGGGCCAGGAACCUGAAGUGAAGAAGAACAAGCCCGUGAGCAUCUCUGAACUGGUCCUGCACGAUGCCAAGGCAUGCCCUGAGAAAAGAGAGGAGGUGAUCAGCAAUCUGAUCCUGGGUAUGGUUUUUCGAGAUCUUCAGCCAAUCUCUGUCGUCAACAACGAGGGCUUUAAAAGGCUGCUUGGUUUUCUGGAGCCAAGCUAUAAAAUCCCGUCGAGCAUGCAUUUAACCGGAAGCCUGAGACACAAAUAUGCCUUUGCCAAGUUACAGCUGGAGCACUACCUACACUCUGUCCCCUCUCUGACUCUCUCCACUGACACCUGGACUUCACAGGGCAAGCAGACCUACCUCACUGUUGUGGGGCACUUCAUUGACUGUCGCUGGCGCUUGGCACGCUGCGUUCUCAAGACGAUCCCCCAGUACAACCCAGCACCGGAUUACAUCGGUGAGCUGCUCUACUCCAUCAUCAGUGAGUUUGGGGUCUCCUGCAAGACUGUGAACUCGGUGCUGCACGAUAGUGCAGGCAGCCUGAUGAGCAGCUCCCGCCUGCUGCAGGAGCGCUUUGGCUGGUCCAGUCUGUGCUGUGCUGGCCGCAUGCUGCAGCUGUGCAUUAAACUGGGACUGCAAGUGGAACAGGUACAGCACACGCUGAGUGUUGCCAGGCGCAUCGUCAACCACUUUGUUCACAGCGCCCAUGCAAAUGCGGAGCUCAGCACCAAGCUGGCAGAGAUGAACAAAGAGAGGCUGGUGUUGGUCAUGGACACUGCUACCCGCUGGAGCAGCACCUUUGACAUGUGCGAGAGGCUGUUGGAAUUGCGAUGGGCAGUGAGCAUGGUGCUGGAAGAGGAUCGAACUGGGCACAUGACUGUUCAGAAUCUGUCUGACCACCAGUGGAAACUUCUGCAGGAUCUGCUGCCUGUGCUGAAGACUCUCAAAGUAGCAUCAUCUUUCCUCAGUGAAGAGCACAAUGCUUCUGUGUCCUCCUUGUUCCCGUGUCUUCACGGGGUGAUGACAGCUCUCAUGCAGCACCAUGGUGACCCAGGCUGUAUCGUUAGGGCAGUGAGUACAAAGAUCAGGACGGAGAUCGCUAAGCGCUGGCGUCUCCCUGACGACGACGAGAUGAUGGACAGCCCAGCCAUCGUGGCGUCCUUUUUAGAUCCUCGGUUCAAGGAUCUUCGCUUUCUGAGUGCAGACACACGCGACAAGGUCCACAACAAGGUGAAGAACAUGCUGUCCAGCGCUGUGACCAGCUCUCGGUCCCGUUCAUCCAGCUCCUCCUCAGACGAGCACAGUGUCACAGACCACCAACAAGGCAGCAAGCAACGUAGUCGCAAGGCAGGGCGCAGACCCAGCCAGUGUGAGUAUGACCUCCUGUUUGGGGAAGAUCCCAUUGAGCGGAUGCCAGAGAUUCAUCAGCAGCUGGAGAGCUACCUGGCCGAGCCCCUGCGGAAACGCAACACCAAUCCCUUUGAUUGGUGGAAGAAUAAUGAGCAUCGGUUCCCGGCGGUAGCCAACCUGGCUAAACAGUACCUGGCCAUUCCUGCCACCUCUGUCUCUGCUACUAGAGCUUUCUUCUGUUCCAGCAGCGUUCCAGACCAGACCAGGUCAGCUCUGUUGCCAGAUGACAUUGAUCAGAUACUGUUCCUGCACAAAAACUUUGAUUAUAUUGAGUCAGUGAAGAGAUACAGACAGUGA